UAACCCACUUCUCUAUCGUUCUAAAUCUUUCUUCAACUACACAGCUUUUGCUUUUGUGUUCUAGUGUUCACAAUAACACAAAAAUUAUGGCUAUGAGCUUCAUUGGAGGAAAAGGUCUAUCAACGACCCAAUUGGUGAACUUGGUAGUGAACACACUGUAUAAUCAAUUUAUUGAGAAGGAUAUCCAGGAAUUUGAUGGGUUCAAUGUUGGCAUUCUUGAUACCUUCAACACUAUCAACAUGGCCUUACCCGGCAAGCAUUAUGUUGCACCAUCAUAUAAGGAUGUACAGGACUUGUUCGAAGAUUGGAAAAAAACCAACGAGGAAUACAAAAAAAAGAUGUUCAUUAACUUCAUCAAUGAGAAAGUGAACAUCAACAAAUCAGAUGAAUCUAUGUUGAUCACUGCAAUAGUGGCACCACCAGCAGCCAUGAUGGCUAAGAAAACAGGAUCAAUAGUACCUCAACUAGCACUUAUGAAUGCCAUACCUGAUGUUAUAUUUGUGCCCUCAGCCACACUUUUGGCUCUUAUUGCUAUUAAGAUCAUAAAAUUAACCUUCAUUGGAAAGACAAUAUCAAAUAAUACACAUGUGCAACCUACACCUAAACAACAACUUCCAAUUACCACUGCAAUUGAAGAACCUCCUCAAAUUGCACCUGCACCUAUAACUAAACAAGAACCUGAAACUACACCUGAAAUUGAAGACCUCCUCAAAUUGCACCUGCACCUACAACUAAACAAGAACCUGAAACUACACCUGAAAUUGAAGAAAACCCUCACGUUGAUUUACCUGUACUUGCACACAUCCACAAGGACAACAUCAUCUGUCCCUUAUGUAAUACAUACCACUGAGUGCUGAGAUAAUUGCUAAGGCAAAGGAAGAAGCAAGGGCUAAAGCUAAAGGACCGAAAGACUUAAUGCCAUAGCAUUAAAAAUGAAGUUGGAAGCCUUCUCUCAAUACCUAAGGUCAUGGUGCUUGAAACUUGGCAAAAAAUUGCUCCCUAAACACCUAGUGCUUGAGCAUAGGAAUUUCAAUGGCAUGGCAUUAGGUUUGUAAAACCACUAACAAAAAGAAAAAAAAAAGGGGACGUUGGUAGUCCAACACUUUUUUUUUUGCAAGGUAGGGGUAUAUUAGGGUUAUGAAGAAACAUCAAUGAAGAUUAUUUUCUCUUCUCUUUUCUUUUUUCUUUGUAUUUUUUCAUGAAUAGCUAAAUUAUAUUCUUCUGGUUAAGAUAU